GAAACAAGGAAAACAAAAGUUGCUUACUUGCCCACUUUGGUCAGUAAAUUAAAAGAAAAAAAGAACAAGGACAAAAGCAAACCCUACCCUUCGUUUAGAGAUCUGAGAUCAGAGGUUUCAGAAAGAAACAAGACAAAGAAGAAUAGAACAUUGGAGAUCAGUGAUGGGCUCUGGGGCUGGAAGUUUCCUUAAGGUUCUAUUUAAGAACUUUGAUGUUCUUGCUGGGCCAGUUAUUAGUCUGCUGUACCCCCUAUAUGCCUCGGUUAGGGCAAUUGAAUCGGAGUCUCGUGCCGAUGACAGGCAAUGGCUUACAUAUUGGGUUCUCUAUUCCAUGAUGACAUUGCUGGAACUCACUUUUGCCAAAGUCAUUGAAUGGAUUCCUAUCUGGUCCUAUGCAAAGCUGAUUUUCACUUGCUGGCUGGUCAUCCCGUACUUCUCUGGCGCUGCCUAUGUUUACGAGCACUAUCUGCGACCCUUCUUUAUGAACCCACAACAGACGAUUAACAUCUGGUAUGUUCCGAGAAAGAAGGAUUCCUUCAGUAAGCCGGACGAUAUUUUAACUGCCGCGGAGAAAUACAUUGAAGAGAAUGGAACAGAUGCAUUUGAGAAGCUCAUUCAUCGGGCUGACAAGUCCAGGAGUAGUAGUUAUGGUCACAUAUAUGAUGAUGAUGGCUACAGGCAUUGAUAUCCUUACAGCAACCCCGCUAUAUUUUGUUGCUCUUGUGAAGAACUCUUGAAUGCUUGUUUAAAGCGUGUAAAUUAUCUUAAUUUGCUUGUUAGUGCAAGUUUCUAAACACUUUUUUCAAA